AUGGUAGGGGUUGUAUCUUACUACUCUUCAGAAUUAGAGAGUUGUUCAGAUGACUGGAGUUCACAUUCAUCUUCUGCUGGCAACCCAGACAUACCAUAUGUGGUUGUCUCCAAGUCAUCAAUUAUGACUGUUGUAUGCAAGGAGAUUCUUGGCUGCUACAGGAAGUUACUUGGCAUUCCUGAUCUGUUGAAUCAACCAAACAUGUCAAUUCUGAAGCAACUUUUGCAGACUUUACAGCCAACUGAAAAUUUUGAUGAUGUUCUUUCCGAGUUCCAACCAUCUCUUGCUCCUUGCAAUGUUGAUUACCUGUAUUGUGGAGCAUGUAAAAUAUUGGAGGAUAUUAUGGAUCUAGUGUCCUCAUUUUCAUACCUUCUGUCUUCUGAUGUGUUAAUUACUAUACAAUCAAUUGUAAAUUCUGUUGUUGUGUUGUUAGACAAAUCUGGGGAACCAAAUGGGAAAAAUAUACACAUGGGAUGCUCCAAAGCAAUCAUUCCCUUUCUACGAAAGCGUCUUGGAUACUCAGCUCAUAAGCUGCUCAGUGCCGAUUUCCCUAGCGAAGAUGCUGGAAAAGGAUGGCAGAGUAAAGGUGAUCUUAUACAGAAGAUAUUGCAAAUAUACCUCUGGAAUAGUGACUCUACUUCAGAUCUACUUGCUGAGAUAGGUCGUGAAUUGCCUAAGGUGGGCCAUCUCUUCUUCUCGAGUGAUGCUCUAAGAGACAUCUCAUUUAGCAUAUAG